CCUCAAAGAUAUAUAUCAAAACACAUUUUGAAUUAGGUCAAAGUAUAGAAGUAUUUAAGUGGUUCAGAUUAUCAUUUGUAGAAAAUCCGGGCAUGGCUUAUGGGGUUCAAUUUGGGGGAGAAACAGGGAAAAUAAUAUUGAGCACUACCUUUGACCCCUAUUUAGGCGAAUGGAUAGGUUACUCCGGAAUUUCCAAAUUAAAUUUUCAAGGCUAUGCCCCCAUUUUUGGAGGCUGUGUAGUGGAUAUUAAUAAGAUGAAACUAACGAGAGCAAAAGAGUCUAAACUUCCGAAAUUAAAUUGGGAAGAAGUGAGUUUCGGUAAUCAUUUUACCGACUAUAUGUUAAUCAGUAAUUAUGAAAAUGGGAAAUGGAGCGAGCCGGAAAUCGUCCCUUUUGAUUCGGUCGCAUUUCACCCCUCUAUUAUGUCAUUACACUAUGGACAGGCUUUUUUUGAAGGUAUGAAAGCCUAUAAAGAUAAGGCAGGCGAUGUAUUUUUAUUUCGUCCUGAUAAAAAUUUUGAACGAAUGAAUGCUUCAGCACAUAGGCUAAAUAUGCCGGAAUUACCCAAAGAAAUAUUUUUAGAUGGCAUGAUGGCAUGGUUAGAUGUAGAAAGGGACUGGGUGCCUAAUGAACCCGGAAAAGCUUUGUAUAUCCGCCCUGUUAUGUUUGCUUCCGAAGAAAUGAUUUUGGCCCGCUCUGCUAAUAAAUAUAGCUUUAUUAUUAUGGGAUGUGUGGUUCGGGAUUAUUAUAGUCAGCCCUUAAAAGUAAAAAUAGAAAAAAGAUUUACCCGAGCAGCUCAAGGAGGCGUAGGGAAUGCAAAAGCUGCCGGAAAUUAUGCCGCUUCUUUUUAUCCUACCAAUUUAGCCAAAGAUGCCGGAUUUGACCAAAUUAUAUGGACAGAUGGUAUUGAGCACGAAUUUUUUGAAGAGUGUGGCACUAUGAAUGUUAUGGUUAGAAUAGGCGAUAAAAUCAUUACUCCUCCUCUCUCCGAUAGUAUCUUGAAAGGUGUGACAAGAGAUAGUUUAAUUCAAAUGGCAAGGAGUAAAGGCAUAGAAGUAGAAGAAAGACCUAUUUCCGUUCAAGAGGUGUAUGAAGCCCAUAAAAAUGGAACCUUAAAAGAAGUUUUCGGGUGUGGUACAGCCGUAGUAGUCAAUAGAUUUCAUGCUAUCGGAUAUCCUCAAGAAACUUUAGAACUCCCUUUAUUACCGGAUGAUGAGAGUUACCCUGUUCAGUUCAAAAAAGAAUUAGUCGGGAUUCAAAUGAACCAAAUACCAGAUCCAUUUGGGUGGAGAAAAAAAGUAGAAGAAAACUUAAUAGAGGCU